AUGGAUCAAGAUGCGAUUGAUUUCAUUGAAAAUAUUGAUUCAACUUCUCAAUCAUUAAUGGAAUAUACUCAUCCGGGUGUAACAUGUUUACUUGAUUUACCCAAUGAAAUUUUACUUCAGAUUUUUCGUUAUUUAUCAUUGCCAUCUAUUUUUCAUUCAUUUUCAACAUCAUCACAACCUGAAUUACGUCCUCAUCGUUUGAUUCAUGCUUAUUAUAACAAGAUGAAAUUAGAUGGAAUAAUAAACAAUGAUUACAUUGAUUUAGCAAAUUUAUUUUCGGAUUCGAAUAUUUAUUUUCGACCCCAAUCAUUAAUAUUAAAUAAUAAAAAUGUCAAUUGUAUUAUACAACGUUUUCUUGCUUAUACGGACAUUAAUAUAAUCAAAUCCAUAUUUGCUCAUUUACGAUAUCUUACAUUAAUAGAUUGUUCUUCUUCAGAUCUGCGAAGAAUUCAAAGAUAUAAUGUAGAUAUGACACAUAUGGAAUAUUUACAUAUUGUUAUUCGAACGAUUGAUGAAGAUCUUGAUUUCUUAUUGGACGACUCAUGUGAUGCAGCAAUCAAUCAAUUUUUAUUCGGUACACAAAUCUCUUCGUUACAUGAAGUUAUUAUUCAUACUCCUUAUGGACUUAUGUUACAUAAUUCAUUAGUACCUAAUGAAUCUCUUCGUCAUAUUGAUAUAGCUCUACAAAGUAUCGAUGACUUAUAUAUAUUACUCGAUGGACUUGUACCUAAUGUAGAAAAAUUGAUUGUUCAAUUGCGUGAUUCACCAAGACUCCCUGGUUGCUAUUAUAAGAGGAGUAUGUCAACAUGUUCUCAACUAACUGAAUUUACAUUAUUAGAAGAUGACACAAGAUUUCUAACUAAUCAUAUUAAACGUAUUUUUGAUUAUAUGUCUGCUUUGAUUAAAUUAACAUUGAGUAUUCGUGAUACACUUGAUUCAAAAUUUAUUAAUGGUCCUAAAUUUGAAUCAAUAUUAAUUAAAUAUUUACCAAAUCUUCGUCAAUUUAAUUAUACAGUCACUCGGAGAAUUUCUAAGAAAAAAUGUUUUAAAGAUUUUAUUCAAUGGCCAAUGGAUGUUGUGUAUUAUAAAGAUGAAAAAAU